AUGGGUUCCGCGGAGGAGGCGGGGGGGCGGCAUGUGGACCUCCGCCGAGCGGCGUCGGCGGGCGUGCUGCAGGCGGAGGACCGCGCGCACGCCGCGGCGGAGGCGCUGCAGCAGCACCGCGCGGACCAGCAACAGCAGCAGCCGGCGGCGCGCGCGCUGCCGGGGUGGGCGACGCGGCUGAUCGACUACUUCGUGGUGUGCGGGCUGGGCGCGGAGGUGCGCACCAUGGACGGCCAGCGCGGCUUCCACGGCGUCACGGCGCGCGACGGCGACCCCGUGCUGUACCAGCCGCAGAUGACGCCGCUCGACUUCUACCCUCCCAAGGAGCACAAGAAAUUCGGCGUCCCCGAGGGCCUCCCCAUGGUGGUGAUGCCGCGGGGGCUGCGCUUCUACGAGCGAGGGCCGUUCUCCGGCGACAAGAGCACGCAGCCGCGCUCCUACCCCAUGGUCAUCACAGGUGGGAGGAUGGGUCAUCACAGGUGGGUGGGUGGGUCAUCACAGGUGGGUGGGUGGGUCAUCACAGGUGGGUGGGUGGGUCAUCACAGGUGGGUGGGUGGGUCAUCACAGGUGGGUGGGCGGGUCCUCACAGGUGGGUGGGUGGGUCAUCACAGGUGGGUGGGUGGGUCAUCACAGGUGGGUGGGUGGGUCAUCACAGGUGGGUGGGUGGGUCAUCACAGGUGGGUGGGCGGGUCAUCACAGGUGGGUGGGUGGGUCAUCACAGGUGGGUGGGUGGGUCAUCACAGGUGGGUGGGUGGGGCAUCACAGGUGGGUGGGUGGGUCAUCACAGGUGGGUGGGUGGGUCAUCACAGGUGGGUGGAUGGGUCAUCACAGGUGGGUGGGUGGGUCAUCACAGGUGGGUGGGUGGGUCAUCACAGGUGGGUGGGUGGGUCAUCACAGGUGGGUGGGCGGGUCCUCACAGGUGGGUGGGUGGGUCAUCACAGGUGGGUGGGUGGGUCAUCACAGGUGGGUGGGUGGGGCAUCACAGGUGGGUGGGUGGGUCAUCACAGGUGGGUGGGUGGGUCAUCACAGGUGGGUGGAUGGGUCAUCACAGGUGGGUGGGUGGGUCAUCACAGGUGGGUGGGUGGGUCAUCACAGGUGGGUGGGUGGGUCAUCACAGGUGGGUGGGUGGGUCAUCACAGGUGGGUGGGUGGGUCAUCACAGGUGGGUGGGCGGGUCAUCACAGGUGGGUGGGUGGGUCAUCACAGGUGGGUGGGUGGGUCAUCACAGGUGGGUGGGUGGGGCAUCACAGGUGGGUGGGUGGGUCAUCACAGGUGGGUGGGUGGGUCAUCACAGGUGGGUGGAUGGGUCAUCACAGGUGGGUGGGUGGGUCAUCACAGGUGGGUGGGUGGGUCAUCACAGGUGGGUGGGUGGGUCAUCACAGGUGGGUGGGUGGGUCAUCACAGGUGGGUGGGUGGGUCAUCACAGGUGGGUGGGCGGGUCAUCACAGGUGGGUGGGUGGGGCAUCACAGGUGGGUGGGUGGGUCAUCACAGGUGGGUGGGCGGGUCAUCACAGGUGGGUGGGUGGGUCAUCACAGGUGGGUGGGUGGGUCAUCACAGGUGGGUGGGUGGGUCAUCACAGGUGGGUGGGUGGGUCAUCACAGGUGGGUGGGUGGGUCAUCACAGGUGGGUGGGUGGGUCAUCACAGGUGGGUGGGUGGGUCAUCACAGGUGGGUGGGUGGGUCAUCACAGGUGGGUGGGUGGGUCAUCACAGGUGGGUGGGUGGGUCAUCACAGGUGGGUGGGUGGGUCAUCACAGGUGGGUGGGUGGGUCAUCACAGACACGGUGGGCACCAAGGUGUACGUAACAGUGGUGGCGUUCAGGGACCCGGUGGAGGAGGACGUGGCGGAGGCGUACAGCAUCCCCGCCUCCCCACACCAAGCUCCUCCCCUGUCGCACUUGUCCCCCACCUUCCCCCUCUCCCCCAGACACGGUGGGCACCAAGCCGGUGUGGGACACGGUGCAGCACCUGGUGACGGCAGUGCCACUGCCCUCACCCGGGCAGCGGUCAGUGGUGUUCUCCGUGGAGAAGUGCCUGCUCUCCCCCCCUUUCCUCCCCCUUACCCGUCUGCUCUCCCCCCUCCCCCCCACAGGCAGCCGGUGUGGGACACGGUGCAGCACCUGGUGACGGCAGUGCCUCUCCCCGAGCCCGGGCAGCGGUCCGUCGUCUUUUCCGUGGAGAAGUGCCUGCUCUUCUGCGAGGCUCCGCCGCCCGCCACGCUGCCAGCUGUGCAGCUGUCGUUCCACCCGUUGGUGCGCAGCCUCGAUGUGGACAACAUCAUUCUGCUCGUCACCGCCGUGCUGCUUGAGAAGCGCAUCCUCCUCCGCGCCACCCAGUACGAGCUGCUCACGCUGGUGGCGGAGUCCGUGUCGCACCUCAUCUACCCCUUCAAGUGGGCGUACCCCUACACGCCCGUGCUGCCACUCAACAAGCUGGAGCUCGUGCACAUGCCGGGAAGCUUCCUGUUUGGCAUCGUGCCCACGCGGUGGACGGACCACGACCUGCCGGGCGGGGUGAUGGUGGUGGACCUAGACGCCAACCGCAUUGCCAUCACCACCAGCGGCUACGACGACGACGCCGACACCAUCCCCCCCCUGCCCGAGCCCGAGAACACGCAGGUUCGGGAGGCGCUGCUGCAGCUGGUGGCGCCGGACCUGAUGGCGCUGGACCAGGCUCGGACGCGCGACUUCAGCUGCGACCUGCACAAGUUCCGCCGGCCCUGGGGGCGCCUGCACGACCGCGAGAUCCGGUUAAUAUUCUUUCGCUUCUUCGCCUCCAUCCUCUGCAGCUACAGACAUUUUGUGGACAAGGUGGUGGAGCCAUCGGGGCAUGUCAAGUCGACGUUCAACAAGGCCAGCUUCUUCCGCAAGCGAGCCAAGGUCACCGGCAACACGGAGGAACCACUCAUAUCGCAGUUACUGCACACGCAGUGCUGGCAGCAGUUCCUGGACAGCAGCAGCAGCGGCGGCGGCAGCACGUCCUUCUUUGACCGAGUGCUGGUGGAGUUGGAGCGACUCGACAUCGCCACCGGCCCCGCCAUGGCCACGGUGGACCUCGCUGACGACGACGGGGCACAGGAAAUUAUUACUGUUCCGCCUCCCACGCCUAAAGAGCGGGCCGCGGGGCGGUACACGCACCGGGCAUUUCCCUCAUUGGAGCGCAGUGCGGAGGAGAAGCAGCGGCGCUACGAGUUCCUGCAGCAGGUGCGACUCGCCGCCGACGCCCAACACAACUCCGAGGCGCGCCGCGUCAUGAGUUCGGAUGUGGAGGAGGCGGUGGUGCUGGAGGAGAGGAGCCGCGGCACCAACAGACUGCGUGAGCAGGAGGAGCGCGAUGCCAUGGUGGGCGCCAUCAAGGGCAAGUUCUCCAAGCUGUGGGACCAGCUGCUGGCACUGCCGCCUGAUGAGGAGCCGCUGUCAUCGCGGGAAUACGGCACAAUAUACGCGAUGAUGGAGGACGAGGAUGGAGUGGGGAGCUCUGGCUUCAUGGAGGUGCUACAGGACAAACUACAGUCCAAGGCGUGGGGCGGGGAGCUCAAGGCGGAUCUCUUUGUGGCUGUGCGCGAGCUGGUGGUGCUAUCGAUAUCCCGUGCCGCCAUGCGCAGUGACAUGCAGUCGGUGCUGGCAGCAUUGGAGCUGGCAGGGAGGGUGCACCAGAGGGACGGGGCGGGCCACAAGGACACCGUGCUCCGACACAUCGGCGCGCUGCCCAUCUGGAAGGACUUCCGGUUCUGGAAGACGUAUCACGACACGCAGCUCGAAGUCAACCCCGACUUUGAGGGCAAGGUGGCGGAUCUGGUGCAGCAGCUGCUGGGGGGGCUCGCUCAAGUCAUGGCGGAGAUGGGGCUGGUGGAUGGGGACGCGUGGGCCAUGCUCGAGGUGCUCUCCAGCCGCCUCAGCCUCAAACGCCAGAUAGUGCUGCGUGGCCAGCUGGCAUUGCUGCAGCGCGCAUGGCAGUACUACCCACUCUCGCCCACCUCGCCUCUCUUCUCCGCCACCUUCGCUCGCCACACACACGCCGCCCCCGGCGCCGCGGAGGAGGGCGGGGGCGAGGGCGCGGGUGGCGGGGGGACGGGCAGCGAGAGCCAGCUGACAACGGCGCUGGGGACGGCGGCGGGGCGGUGGAUGAGCACACUGGGGAACCUCAACCUGGGCACCUUCCAGAAGCAGCAGCAGGACAAAUUGUUGCAAGGCGGUGGGGGAUCUCAGCGCAUCGGAGUGUUUGACUCAGAAGGCGGCAAGGAGCGAGCAGGGGUGCCGGGGUCCAAGUCAUUGCGCCACUCACACGCGCAGGGGAGGGGCGCCACGGGGGUGCGCGUGCUGCGCGGGCACAAGCAGCCAAUCACAGCGCUCCACGCGGGCACGCGCAGCGAGCUGGGCGACCUGCUGCCGGACGGCGAGGACGGCGCGGGGUACUUUGUGAGCGGCAGCUGCGAUACGAGUGUAAAGCUGUGGGACCCCAGCACCCGGGGGGACGAGCUGCGCGCCACCAUGCACGGCCACACUGGCCCGGUGCGGUGUGUGGGGUCGGAUGCAACGAGGGUGCUGUCAGGCGGGGAUGACAAGCGCCUGCUGGUGUUUGACAAGGCCACUGCGCGCAUGUUGGCGGACCUGCGCGGCCACCACCAAAGCAUAAUCGCUCUGCGCAUGCUGCCAGGGCUGAACAAGGGCAGUGUGGUAACAGCUGGGCGAGAGGGGCAGGUGAACCUGUGGGACACACGCACGGACCACAUUGCCAGCACGCUCUUCACGUGCCCCGCGCCCCACUUGAUCCUCGCCCUUGACUACCUCGACCAUGCCGGCAUCCUCGUUGCUGCUGGCACCCAGGGCAUCUGCUAUGUGUGGGAUGUGCGGGCAGGCAAGGAGCGGUUUCAACUAGAAGGCCACACCAACUGGGUCAGAGCGGUGCGGGUGGCAGGGGACGUGGUGGUGACGGGCAGUGACGACUGGACGGCGAGAGUGUGGACACUGAACGACGGCGAGUGUGAGGCGACUGUAGCGUGCCAUGCGGGGCCCGUCACGGCCGUGGACUACGUGACGGCAUCACGUGGCUUCAUCACCGGCUCGGCUGACUGCACCGUGCGCCUCUGGGACCGCGGUGAUGGGGUGCAGCCGCGGUGUGUGAAGACACUCACGAACCACACGGCGCCCAUAGUGGCGGUGCGGGCCUCAGACCGCUACGUCACCAUGGCAGCGGAGGACGACUCGCUCUCCCUGCUGCACCGCCCCUUCGCCGACCGCUCCUUGCCCUCGCUGGGCCCGCUGGGCGGGCCGGGCAGCAUGAGCAACGGCGCGCGCGGCUACGUGGGCAGCGUGGGGGUGAUGACGGACUGGCAGCUUGCCAGACACCUCAACCGCGCGCCCGACCUGAUACGACAUGCGGCAUGUGAUGUGGAUCGCGGGCGUAUCUGCACGGGCGCUCGGUCCGGAGUGCUGCGCGUGUGGGAGCCACCCACACCCCUCGCUUGA